ACGUGUAGAGGACCUUCCCAUCACUGCCAGCACCACUCAGCACAGACACAUCUCUGGAGAACUAAGUGCUAAUACAUUGGCAAGUAUGGACUGGAAGACCGCUCUGUCCUUGAUAUGUCUGCUUGCUUCUUCAACUUCAAUAACACCUUCUACAGCUCAGAAUGAUACAACCUCACCUACUUCUACGACAGCAUCUCCAACAGAACCCACUACAACCUCAGCUACUUCUACUACUACAUCCACAACAGAAGCCACUACAACCCCAACUACUUCUACUUCAAAUACGACAUCUACAAAACAACCCACAACAACCCCAACUACUUCUACUACUACAUCUACGACACAACCGACUACAACCACAACUACUUCUACUACUACAUCUACAGCACAACCUACUACAACCCCAACUACUUCUACGACAUCUCCAACAGAACCCACUACAACCUCAGCUACUUCUACUACUACAUCUACAACAGAACCCACUACAACCCCAACUACUUCUACGACAACAUUUCCAACAGAACCCACUACAACCUCAUCUACUUCAACUACGACAUCUACAGCACAACCCACUGCAACCACAACUACUUCUACGACCACAUCUACAACACAACCCACUACAACCCCAACUACAUCAACUACGACAUCGACAGCACAACCCACUACAACGUCAGCGACAUCUACUACAACAUCUCCAACAGAACCCACAACAGCCCCAAUAACUUCAACGACAACAUCUACAGCACAACCCACAACAACCCCAACUACAUCAACUACGACAUCUACAACACAACCCACUACAACCCCAACUACAUCAACUACGACAUCUACAACACAACCCACUACAACGUCAGCUACAUCUACUACUACAUCUCCAACAGAACCCACUACAGCCCCAACAACUUCAAUGACAACAUCGACAACACAACCCACUACAACCACAACUACUUCAACUACGACAUCUACAGCACAACCUACUACAACCCCAACUACUUCUACGACAUCGCAAACAGAACCCACUACAACUCCAAUUACUUCUACUACUACAUCUUCAACACAACCCACUACAACCCCCACUACUUCUACGACUACAGCCCCAACUACAUCAACUACGACCACUGCAACAGAACCCACUACAGCCCCAACUACAUCAACUACGAUAUCUACAACACAACCCACGACAGCCCCAACUACAUCAACUUCGACAUCUACAACACAACCCACUACAACCACAACUACAUCAACUACGACAUCGACAACACAACCCACUACAACGUCAGCUACAUCUACUACUACAUCUCCAACAGAACCCACUACAGCCACAACAACUUCAACGACAACAUCUCCAACAGAACCCACUACAACCUCAUCUACUUCAACUACGACAUCUACAGCACAACCCACUACAACGUCAGCUACAUCUACUACUACAUCUCCAACAGAACUCACGACAGCCCCAACAACUUCAACGACAACAUCGACAACACAACCCACUACAACCCCAACUACAUCAACUACGACAUCGACAGCACAACCCACGACAACCCCAACGACAUCAACUACGACAUCUACAACACAACCUACUACAACCCCAACUACAUCAACUACGACAUCGACAACACAACCCACUACAACGUCAGCUACAUCUACUACUACAUCUCCAACAGAACCCACUACAGCCCCAACAACUUCAACGACGACAUCAACAACACAACCCACUACAACCACAACUACUACUAGGACAACAUCUCCAACAGAACAACCCACUACAACCUCAUCUACUUCAACUACGAUAUCUCCAACAGAACCCACUACAGCCCCAACUACAUCAACUACGACAUCUACAACUCAACCCACGACAACCCCAACUACUUCUACUACAACAUCUACAACACAACCCACUACAACCCCAACUACAUCAACUACGACAUCUACAGCACAACCCACUACAACCCCAACUACAUCAACUACGACAUCUACAACACAACCCACUACAACCCCAACUACAUCAACUACGACCUCUGCAACAGAACCCACUACAGCCCCAACUACAUCAACUACGACAUCUCCAACAGAACCCACUACAACGUCAGCUACUUCAACUACUACAUCUACAACACAACCCACUACAGCCCCAACAACUUCAACGACAACAUCUGCAGCACAACCUACUACAACCUCAUCUACUUCAACUAUGACAUCGACAACACAACCCACUACAACGUCAGCUACAUCUACUACUACAUCUCCAACAGAACCCACUACAGCCCCAACUACAUCAACUACGACCACUGCAACAGAACCCACUACAGCCCCAACAACUUCAACGACAACAUCGACAACACAACCCACUACAACCCCAACUACAUCAACUACGACAUCGACAGCACAACCCACUACAACCCGAACUACAUCAACUACGACAUCUACAACACAACCCACUACAACCCCAACUACAUCAACUACGACAUCGACAGCACAACCCACUACAACGUCAGCUACAUCUACUACUACAUCUCCAACAGAACCCACUACAGCACCAACAACUUCAACGACGACAUCGACAACACAACCCACUACAACGUCAGCUACAUCUACUACUACAUCUCCAACAGAACCCACAACAGCCCCAAUAACUUCAACGACAACAUCUACAACACAACCCACUACAGCCCCAACAACUUCAACUACGACAUCUACAGCACAACCCACUACAGCGCCAACUACAUCAACUACGACAUCUACAACACAACCCACUACAACCCCAACAACAUCAACUACGACAUCUACAACACAACCCACUACAACCCCAACAACAUCAACUACGACAUCGACAACACAACCCACUACAACGUCAGCUACAUCUACUACUACAUCUCCAACAGAACCCACUACAGCCCCAACUACCUCAACUACGACCUCUGCAACAGAACCCACUACAACCACAACUACAUCAACUACGACAUCUACAACACAACCCACUACAGCCCCAACUACAUCAACUACGACAUCGACAGCACAACCCACUACAACCACAACUACAUCAACUACGACAUCGACAACACAACCCACUACAACGUCAGCUACAUCUACUACUACUACAGCCCCAACUACAUCAACUACGACAUCUACAACACAACCCACUACAACCACAACUACAUCAACUACGACAUCUACAACACACCCCACUACAACCCCAACUUCUUCUACGACAACAUCUACAACACAACCCACU